AGUGGCGGUUCCGUGUUAGAAAAGGUAGAAGUAGCCUAGUCGGAAGCUUAGCAUCGUGUUUCUCAGUUUGUAAGUUAAAAACUUAAAGUUAUCAAAGUUUUCUAAUCGUUGGGUUAUAAUGUCAGAUCGGAGGCCUUGCAAAGUGUGUGACUUCACGCGGAAGAAUUCUUACGGCAUGGUUGUUGCUACGUUAGAGGAGCUAAAGAGAAAAGGAUGUGAGCUUCUUGGAGUGAACCCAACUGAACCUGUCACUGUCGUUCUUGAGACUGAUGGAACCAUAGUCGAGGAUCAAGCCUACUUUUUGUGUUUACCUUUAAACACAAAGUUCAUGUUGCUGCAUGACAAAGAGACAUGGGCUCCAGCUCGAACAAUUGAUGGUGGCACGGCUUGGAUGGCAAGAGAGUCUUUGAUUCUGGAAGUAGAUGCUGUCGACUCCUCCGCUGUUACACCACCGUGGUGGAAUCUGGCGCUGCAGCUGAAGCAAGACCUGACCAGUAUCAUUCUUAUGUCUGAGGGAGAACUACAGUCUUUAGUCGAUGCGCCAUGCUCUGAAUUAGCCUCUGCUUUGGGGUUCCAAGAGAAGAAGACCAUAGAACUUCAGGAGACGCUGCAGAGGGUUCUGGAUCGCAAAGAGGAGGAGAGGCAGUCCAAACAGCUGCUCCAGCUGUACCUCAAAGCUGUGGAGAAAGAGGACAGACUGGAAGCUGUUGGAGAUGUGGAUUCACCCGACGGGAUGGAAGUGGAUUCUGCAUCUGGGUUCAUGUCCAGGACGCUGAUGGUCCUUAAAGGCAAAACCAGUCCAGAGACGAGACUGUCCACCGAGGAUUUGCAGGUGGUGGUGAGCAGAGGGCUGGAGGCCAUGCAGCAGGUGCUGGGCUGGGAUGCAGAGAGGACAUCCACGCUGAUGCAGGCCUGCCAAGCUGAACUGUCCAAGCGCCUGCAGCAGGUUCAGGCCAUGCAGUCUAUUAGCAGCACACAGCAGGAUGGCAGCAGACAGAGGGAGGGUGCAGGAAUGGCCACCCAAGGAAGCAGCUAGACGAGGAUGUACCUGAGCAGGGACUGAUAAGGAUUCACACUAACCUGCCUCAGGAUCAAGAGGAUGGGCUUUGCUCUGUUUUGCUGUUUUUUACUACUAGAAUACAUGAAUGUUAAAAACUGUGGAUUUCUGCGUCUUUGUUGAGAAAUCUGCAAAGCAUUGAAGUGGUUGAUGCCUGCGGAACAAUUUUGGCUUUUUUUGCACAAAUGUGUUAGGAUUUUUUUGGUGUUUUUAUUUGGAUGGGUGUUAGGCUGGAUGAUGGAGAAUCACAUCCUUUGGAAUAUUAACAAACCAUCACCCAGCAUGAUGUAACCCCAGACUGGUACGGCUUUUUUUUUUUUUUUGGAAGUUAACAAACGUCACCCAAUUCCUGUCAAGUAUCGAGAGCCAAAUUUGCCACAAUCCAGUAAAUACUUUAAAGCAUUCAUUUUCAUAUUUUAAAUCGUAACAAAAAUUGGUAAUAUAUGCAUGCACAGAUAAAUGUUUGAUAUAAUUAUGCAAAUAUGUAUAUUUUAUUACAUUCUUAAUUAAAGGUUUAAAUCCUCUAAAGUGAAAUGAUUUGUUAAAACUCUGUGUAAUUGUUGAAGUAUUUUAGUUAUUUCAAGUUGUGGUGUAAUGGCACAUGGUGAAAGAAUCUUUACAUGUGAGCAUUACUCGCUAAAGUGAGUGGGCGGGACUAAUACCUGUAAUUAAAAUGAUUGAUCUGCGGGGGGUUAACCAAUCUAACAUCAGGGUGUAUUUGAUUUGAUCAAGGACUCUGGCCAAAAA